CAAACAUAUAGAAGAAGCCUGAGUGGUCGCAAAUUUAAACCGUCGCAGCAACAAUAGCUGAUUGCGUUCAAUUUCAUCGACUAGGUGCUGCAUUUCAGAGACACUUGAGGAAAAAUACCUUUGAGCAAGUGGUAAAGUUGCAUCCCCGACCAGCAAGGCACUAUGGAGGAUGAAAGGAGUGUGGAACACUCCGAGCAAGGUGAUGCUGUGACCCAGUCCACCGGCGAGGAUGACCCCAGCAGUUCUCCCGUUAAAAGAGGACGAGGAAGGCCUAAGGGCUCCGUAAUGGUCCAGCAGAAUGAAGACGUAACAAAUGGUGGAGAUGAGACCCCAAAAAGAGGGAGAGGACGACCAAAACUCUCUGACACUAAACCUGCAGCUUCAUCAGAGGAAACUGAUUCUACCACCAAAAAAAGAGGACGGCCGAAAGGCUCAACCAACAAACCAAGAAUUUCAGUGGAUGCUUCAAAUGGUGAUCUGGUGAAUGGUUCUGAGGAACCCAAGAAGGGAAGAGGGCGUCCAAGGAAAUCCACCAUUAACAGCCCGGCACUAGCUGGUACUCCUGGGAAGAGGGGUCGACCAAGAAAGGAGGUUGGGGUUGAGUCAAAUGGAAUCUCAAGGGGAAGAGGAAGACCUAGAAAAAUUCUUGGUACUAACAGCAAAGAUGGUGCUCAGCUGGUCAAGAGAAGGAGAGGUCGUCCCAAGGGAUCUCUUAACAAGAAACGUGUCUCUGCUUCCCAAACAGAGGUUAAAAAUCCAAACAAAACAGGAAAACGGGGCAGACCCAGAAAUCAACCGGCCAAGAGAGGACGGCCCAGGAAGUACCCUGUGUCAGCAGCGCCAAAGAGGAACAAGAACAGAGUCUGGAAGCCUCUUGGGCGACCGAGGAAGUACCCACGCGAGGAGCCCCCAGAGGGCAGUUUAGCAGACGGGGAAGGAGCAGGGCAGGUUGUACGCAGAGGCAGAGGGAGACCUCGCAAGUCUGAGUCCAAGAAAGGCGCCCACCUUCGAAAGAAAGUGACUCCAGCUACAGAGAACGCCGGGCCUCCACGUAAAAGAGGCCGCCCUCCAAGCACCCCAAAACACGAGGGUGAGCAUGAGGGUGCAACAACAAAUGAAGAUGAAACCCCGCGUAAAAGAGGCCGCCCUGCUAGCGCCCCAAAACAUGAGGGUGACACAGCAAAUGAAGAUGAAACCCCACGUAAACGAGGCCGACCUAAAAGCUCAGUCAAGCUCGAAGAUAAAGAAUCUAAAGAUAACGGCACACCCGACAACAAUUGUGAAGACGAUUCGACAGCAGAGGUGAAGGAGCCGAAUGAUGGACCGGAGGAUCCCGUAGAGGAGUCCGUCCAAGGAUGAAAUGCCGGUCCACUGAGCACCAUCAUGAAGCAAGUUCAAGAAGGCGAUUCACUGAAAGGACUUGUAGAGCAGGAAUGAUAAACACAUUUAGAAACCUAAACUAGGAUCUAAGUUUUCUCUUGCUGUCCUUUGGAUAGACACUUUUGUACAGACUAACUUUGUUUCUGUCACUUUUCGAAGUUCCCAGCAUGUAGUCUAGUGUUUCCUUUAAAGUCUUAGUGUAACUCUCAGUCUUAAUGUCCUUGCACAUCGACGGUGUCGUGAAUGAACCGCACAAAAUUGCAAAGAAUUCAGAUGAGAAUAUUGACUCGCCUGUCUUUGCACAUCAGUGGCGACACGGUUAAAUAUUUAACAUUUGUGGCACAGCGAAUAAUAGGGUCCUGUGAUUUGCCAGAAUCCUAGAAUUGGCCGAUUGCAGAAUUUGGAAUGGAAUAUUGUUGGAUUUGACCAAAUGAGACUGAUCAAAUGUAUGGAAGAGGAACGUGCGUUUAGGGAAACCAAUGAGGAGGGAGGCUACUCUUGAAGGCAUAGCGAGUGUGAUGCACUGGCAGCUGCACGGAGCUCUUUCAUUUCUCCCCCUUACAAGGCCGACCCGGUCCUCUGAACAAUGCCAGCCAUUCACGAGCCUGAUGGUACACACACUGUCAUCAUGUUCUAUUCUCAGCAGAUAUUCUCCUCUGAACGUUGUCUUUAUGAUCCUUGUCUUUUUAGCUUUUAUGUGUUUUGUUGUAAGGAACCGAAUGCGAGGAUACGAACACAAUCAAAUGCUCCACCAUGUUUUGGCAUGUGACGUCAACAAUGAGUGCUUCAUAACUUUGGAAUCGACCUUGAUCUGAAAAAAAAAAAAACGCCGCAAUGUCGCUCAGCAAAAUAAAGUUGCUCAUGUGCAAAAGCUGCAUGUUGGAAAAAUAAAAUUCCGAAAUAUUCGCACAAAAAAUACUCGUCUAAUGUGCAAGGACCUUUAGUCUGUUUUACUGGAACAACACUCCAUGCUUGAGUUGUCGACUGGAGGAAGGAGACGUCAGAUCUAACUCCCUCUGAAGUGUGACGUGGAAGUGGCAGCGGUUCCUGAGUCGCCCUCAUUGAUGAUCCUUCUUAUCUUUCACGUGCGACCAACUUCAUCCUGUUUGUGCUUAUACGGUUCCAGACUAAUUGUGUGGCUGUGAAUCCUAGUGAUGCUUGUUUGUCGUUCGUAAAUAUCACCUUUUCUUGGAUGACAUCCAGAAUACAGUAGUUUGAUACCAUUCUCAUCCAACCAUAAAAAAGGUCUGCUUUCUCGUGCUAACACGCCACUGUUUCUUUUUAAUUUGCCUUAAUUGCCAAAGCUCUGAAUGUACUGUUGCGUUUGCUUCCACUUUUUUUUUACUUCAACUCACAGUCGCCCUGAAGAUUCCUCUGCCACCACCUUGAUUUGCAGUAGUGAUUCAUCUGUCUCUUUGAAACUCUUUGAUUCAGUCAAAACUUUUUUUUUUUUUUUUUUUUUUUUUUUUUUACUGUAAGGAGACUAGAGUGGUCGGUUUUUAAAAUUGUUUAUAUCUUUGUAUUGAGAAAUGGUUUGUCCCAUGUACUGUAAAUCCUUGUGAAUGGUGUGGGAGUUGAUCGACUGGUUGAAAUGCCACCAACUCUUAAUCUGGUUUCAAAUUUGAAAGAUGUUCAUGUGUGGUAAGAUUAGCCAGUAAUGUAUGAGGUGAAAUAAAAAAGUUAAUCUCCCUGUUUCUCACACAGGCGUCUCUGGUCUGUUCUGCAACUGUCCUUGUCAUUGUUUUAGCUGUGUAACCUGAAGUGUUCUCGGGCCCUUUCUGCUUCAGAGAAAAUGCUGAAAUAAGAACGCCAGGGCAGCAUAACUGAUACCGUACUGCAGGCCUCAAGUGGAAGACCACCAAAAGUCAAGAUGAGUUCAGUUUCUACUUUGUAUUCCAUGCAAGGAAAAAAUGC